CUAAAACAAAAAAAAAAGGUGCCAAAAAAAAGACACAGUGUAAAAGAAAGAGAAAAACAACUUAUUAAAGAAAAAUAAUAUAAACCAAAAAAGAAAGAAAAAUAAAAAACAGUUUUCAUUGUUGCUGUUGGGAUAUUUUUUUCAAAGCCGCUGAUGUUGAUAGUGAUGAUGACGAUGAUGAUGACUUGUGCUCUACAAUUUUCAAUUUUGCUUGGAAAAUGUAACAAGUGUGUAUGAAAACAAACACUAAACUGGAAUAGGUGGUAUGUAUGUAUAUUUUCAUUAACUAAAAGGAAAGUAAGAAUAAUAUUGUCAUAAUCAGCUGUUGGAACUAAUAACGUUUGAUAGAGAUCCGUUAUUGAAAAUUUUUUGAAAACUUAUUUUCAAAACGUCCUCAACUCGGUACCCAGAUCAAGAAUAAAAACAGCUGUACUGGAUUUAAAGGAUUAAAAACAAAAUCAAAACUCUUUUGUAUAUCUAUUCUACACGCGAAAAAAAACAAUUUGUUUCCCACAACCAAAUAAAAGGAAAACCAAAUCAAAAAAUUUCAUUGUAAAAAACAACCAAUGAUUACAAGUGAAAAACACAAAAAGUACAAUUAUAAGUGCAACAACAAUAAUAAUAAUAAUAAAAAUAUAACAAACGAUAAAAAUAGUGCAACAAAAAUACAACAAAAUAUUAAAUAUUAUAUUGUUAAAAAUAAUAAACAAUUUCUAUUGCAAUUUUAUUAUUUAAAUUCAAAAAUCAAAGGUGAAAAUUAUAAAUUUAAACGUUUAAAUCACGAACCAACAUUGUUGAGAUUGACAACACUGAAAAUAGAAGAUAAAAAACCAUUAUAACAGCAGCAGCAGAAACAGCGGUAAUAAAAAGCAACAACAACAACAAUUAUCACACUAAUUGAAGAGAGUGUGAUUAAAAAAAAGCAACAAACAAAACACAGCAACCAGUGAUAUAAAUUACAACAACAAGAAUUACUGCUACAACAAAAAAAGAAACAAAACAAAAUUGCACUUUUUUACUACUGUUUUUUUGUUGUAGUUUUAUUUACAACAAAAUACUACAAACGAUUUUAAGUUAAACGUGUUUUUCUUUAAACUUUGUUGCAGACAACUACCAACAAGCAACAUAAGACAUUUUAUUGUCAUUAACAGCCUUAACUGCAACAACUACAAAAACAACAACAAACAUCAUUUGUAUAUUAUUUUGCUGCUUGACGUUUCUGUUUUUUUUCGCUCUUCGUUGAUCGCAUUUUAUUUUUGUCUGGUGUGAUUUCGUCGUUUGGUGUUUAAGAAAUCGUGUUUUUAUAUAUAAAUUUAAGUAUUUUGGAAACUGGAUUUUUUAUUCAAUGUACUCAAUGGUUGAUUGUUACGCAGAUAUGGGACAAAUCGGUCAAGAAUGUUCAGUUCGUGAAUACAAUAUGGAUGAUCUCGAAUUAGAUCAAGUAACGCAGGUGAUCGGUUAUCAUCCUCGGUUUUUGGAUCAUUUUUUAAGAACUCAAAAUUUCAUUAUGAAUGGCGAUGGUCCACUGCCAUAUGAUUAUCGUUACUAUUUGGCCAUAAUUGCUGCAGCCCGCCAUCAAUGUCCCUAUUUGGUGAAAAUGUAUGAAAAAGAAUUUAUAAAUCAAGGUGGUAAUCCAGAAUGGUUAAAUGGUCUCGAUUUUAUACCGCCCAAAUUACGUGCCAUAUAUGAGAUCAAUAAAAUUUUAGCCCAUCGUCCGUGGCUGUUGCGUAAAGAACAUAUAGAGAAUCUUACGAGAGGCAAAAACAGUUGGUCUCUAUCGGAAGUUGUACAUGCCAUGGUACUUUUAUCGCAUUUUCAUUCUUUAUCAUCAUUUGUGUUCUCCUGCGGUUUGACACAAAAACUUGAUGGUUUAUCUAGUCCCAAAUUAAAAACACCACCCGCAACAUUAACAGCCCCACAAACACCCACUGGCACAGCUGCAAUGCAACAACAGCAGCCAUUUAUGGCUGUCGAAAAUUUAACGCAGCAGCAACAACAACCACAAAAGACUGUAUUAAGUGAAAUAACAUUAAACAACAACAAUAAUUCAAUGGAUCAUCAUAAUCAUCAAGUGUACUGCAAUAAUAAUGCUGCAGUAGCAGCCACUGCAGCUACUGUAUCGCACAGUAGUGGAGGUGGUGCUGUUGGCAUGCCUCUUACAGGUGUUGCAGCAGCAACAAAUUCUUUCAAUGGUGUAAAUAAAUUAAAUGCUCAACCCAGUGUUACCGUUGAAGCCUUAAUGGAACGCAUGAAAGUUCUCUCCCAAAAACAGGACGAAUGCAGUGAAGCCGAACUUAGCAAUCGUUUUAAAAAUGUUGAAAUGCAAACAGCCGAAUUGCCUGCAGCUUCCACUGUUGCACCCGCGGAAAUACCACCAGUUAUUUCUCACUAUAUAGAAGAUCCCAAUUUUACGUAUCAAGAUUUUGCCCGACGUGGUGCUGAAAAUAUACCAAAUACAUUUCGUAUACAAGACUAUUCGUGGGAUGAUCAUGGUUAUUCUUUAGUUAAUGGUUUAUAUGAAGAUGUUGGCACUUUAUUGGAUCAGAAAUUCCGUUGUGCUUAUAAUUUGACAUAUUUCACGAUGGCUGGCGUUAAAAAUGUUGAUACUUCCAAGUUUCGUCGUGCCAUUUGGAAUUAUAUUCAAUGUAUAUAUGGUAUACGUCAUGAUGAUUACGAUUAUGGUGAAGUUAAUCAGUUAUUGGAUCGUUCAUUAAAAAUGUUUAUAAAAACUGCCUGUUGUUUUCCGGAAAGAAUUACCACUAAAGAUUAUGACAAUAUAUUGGUUGAACUGCAGGACAGUGAAAAGGUACACGUCAAUUUAAUGGUAAUGGAAGCUCGAAAUCAAGCUGAAUUAUUAUAUGCUUUACGCGAAAUUAUGCGUUAUAGGACAUGAUCUCAUUCAAUGCAAAAAAAAAUAAGAUAAAAACUAAUUUUUUUGUAAAACUUUUAAAAACAAACAAGAAAUGAAAAAAAAUAUAUAUAAAAUACAACCAAUUUAUAAAAAAAAAAUAAUAUUUUAA